AGAGAACACAUAAAUAAAUAAACUUUAUGAUAUAGAAAGGCAAAGUAAAAUAAACUAAAAAAAACUAAAAAGAGUGAGCACAUGGGAGGAAUAUGGGAAUCUUUGGAUAGUAUUCAAUUCAUGUUCUUGUUAUGGAGCCUCUAUAGUAUGGGCAUAAUAUAUCUGUUGGUCACUUUUCUGUUUUCAGUUUGAAUCUUUUUUCCUUCUAAUCCUAUAGUUUUUUUGUGUUAAAGUGUUUUUAAAUUCAAGCUUUUAGCAUCACGUGGGAAACACACAAGAAAACAAUAGGAUAAGACGAAAGUAGCGAUCGAGAUCAGACGAUUAUGUCUAUUUUGAUCUCUAGAGUCUAGAGAUGUUCUGUCUGUGACUCAGCUUAACUGAUUUACAUCAGAAAUCGUUAGAGUUAUUAUUCAAUUCAAUAUUACUCACCAAAUUAUCUUUUUUUCAGCGAGUUUGUGUAUGCUCUACUGUUUUUUCGAGCCUAGAACACUAUCAGUUGUUGCCAAGUCUAAUGAAGUUUCUUUUCAGUUAAAAAUUAAGUUCCUUCUUUCGGACAACAGUUAGAACUUGUAUUUCUUUUCUUCUAUUUUUAAAUUAUAAGUUGUAACCACUGAAUUGGUUUAAUAUUUAUUAAAUAACGAAGCAUUAAAGAGGGAAAGUUUCUUUAAUCACAAGGAAACCUACGUAAGAGCAAAACAUUAUUUUCAUGGCAACAAGAAAGAGAAACGUUUAACAUUGAUGAAGACAAGUGAAGAGAAUCCGAAACAAAUCGCAUGGAAGCAAAGCUUACCGUUACUCUCUUCCCUAUUUAGCUUCUCAAUUAGCCACCUUCCUAAAUGCUCCUCUCUUCUCUUCUUUCUGAUUCAUUUCGACGGAGUUAGAGAGUGAGAAAAGAGAUGAUGGAGGAUGGUAGUCUCUGGCAUCAAUGGAGCUUGGUGAGAUCUCUUUUAGCCAUUCUUCAAUGGUGGGGUUUCAACGUUACCGUUAUCAUCAUGAACAAAUGGAUCUUCCAGAAACUGGAUUUCAAGUUUCCAUUGUCGGUUUCAUGCGUUCAUUUCAUAUGUUCAUCGAUCGGAGCAUACAUUGUGAUCAAAGUCCUGAAGAUUAAGCCGUUGAUCGUGGUUGAUCCAGAAGACAGAUGGAAGAGGAUCUUCCCAAUGUCAUUCGUCUUCUGUAUCAACAUUGUGUUGGGAAACAUCAGCCUUAGAUACAUCCCUGUCUCUUUCAUGCAGACAAUCAAAUCCUUCACUCCAGCUACAACAGUUGUGUUACAGUGGUUGGUAUGGAGGAAAUAUUUCGAUUGGCGUAUUUGGGCUUCGUUGGUUCCCAUUGUUGGAGGGAUUCUUCUGACUUCUAUUACAGAACUUAGCUUUAACGUGUUUGGUUUCUGCGCUGCUUUGUUUGGAUGUUUAGCUACCUCUACUAAGACCAUUCUUGCUGAAUCUCUUCUUCAUGGAUACAAGUUUGACAGCAUAAACACGGUGUACUAUAUGGCGCCUUUUGCGACCAUGAUUCUCGGAGUACCAGCGUUUCUACUCGAAGGCAAUGGGAUCUUGGAUUGGUUUGAAGCACACCCGUCUCCAUGGUCGGCUCUCAUCAUUAUUUUCAGCUCAGGUGUUGUAGCUUUUUGUCUUAACUUCUCAAUCUUCUACGUCAUUCACUCCACAACAGCAGUCACAUUCAAUGUAGCUGGUAACCUUAAGGUUGCGGUGGCUGUUCUGGUUUCAUGGAUGAUAUUCAGAAACCCGAUAUCACCGAUGAACGCUGUUGGAUGCGGAAUCACACUCGUGGGAUGCACGUUUUAUGGAUAUGUAAGUCAUUUGCUUUCUCAGCAACAACCCGGGACUCCUAGGACUCCUUGUACCCCAAGGAACAAGAUGGAACUCAUGAUCCCUCUUGUUAAUGAUAAAGUCGAGGGUAAAGUUUGAACAUGCAACGUGUGUAAUUGAAUUCUUCAAGCCUAGACCUACUUUUGAAAGCCAAAUAAAAGGGAAAAGAGAAAAGAUUUAGAUUUAAUAUUGAACCUCCUCAAUAAAGCAUUACCCUUUUUGUAUUCAUUUAUGCUACUUUAUUUCCCAACAAAA